AUGCGGAGAACACUGCGGAGAAACCAAGCGGCAACAAGGCCACCAUCAGGAGGAGCAAGAGGAGGAACUACAACAGGCAAAUGCGGAGAACACUGCGGAGAAACCAAGCGGCAACAAGGCCACCAUCGUCAAAAACACGGCUCAGCUCUCCAAGAUCCCACGUCAUAUCAGUCAUCCACUCAGUCAGCCACUCAGCUAGCCACUCAGUCUGAUACUCUCCCUACAAGAGGAGGAGCAAGAGGAGGAACUACAACAGGCAAAUGCGGAGAACACUGCGGAGAACACUACGGAGAAACCAAGCGGCAACAAGGCCACCAUCGUCAAGAACACGGCUCAGCUCUCCAAGAUCCCACGUCAUAUGCUCUCCACGGUUCCACAUCAAAUCAUCACUCAGCAAGCGGAGAACACCACUGCAACUUGGCCUGUCAUCCCCACUACAUUGAGGAGCAAGAGGAGGAACUACAACAGGCAAAUGCGGAGAACACUACGGAGAACACUGCGGAGAACACUGCGGAGAACACUGCGGAGAACACUGCGGAGAAAUCAAGCGGCAACAAGGCCACCAUCGUCAAGAACACGGCUCAGCUCUCCAAGAUCCCACGUCACAUGCUCUCCACGGUUCCACAUCAAAUCAUCACUCAGCAAGCGGAGAACACCACUGCAACUUGGCCUGUCAUCCCCACUACAUUAAUAUGGUAUAUCACUACAAUAACGUCACAAGAGAAAGAUCUACUGCGACGAUCACAGCCAAUUGGGCCUCUGCAGGAGGAACAUCGGACGAUACAUAUUUGGACGAAUUGA